GACCAGACUUAGUAUCGGGGGGAGCGGAGCGGCCGGGUAUCAGAGAAGAUUCAGCACGUCGGACAGCGGCGCAAUGAGAUGAUCAGGACCGGGAUGGCUCCUCUCCCCGCGGGGCUCCACCUGCUGCUGCUGCUGCUUAUGGGGCUGCUGAGAGGAUGCCUGGGUACCGACACAGAGGAACGUCUUGUUGAACAUCUAUUGGGCCCCUCUCGCUACAACAAACUUAUCCGACCCGCAACAAAUGGCUCAGAGCAAGUCACCGUCCAACUUAUGGUCUCCUUGGCCCAACUAAUCAGCGUGCAUGAGCGGGAGCAGAUUAUGACAACCAAUGUAUGGCUGACUCAGGAAUGGGAGGAUUACAGGCUCACCUGGGACCCAGCGGAGUUUGACAACAUGAAGAAAGUCCGACUUCCAUCCAAACAUAUUUGGCUUCCGGAUGUUGUGCUGUACAACAAUGCUGACGGGAUGUACGAGGUGUCCUUCUACUCCAACGCUGUGGUGUCCCAUGAUGGCAGCAUAUUUUGGUUGCCCCCUGCCAUAUACAAGAGCGCCUGCAAAAUUGAAGUCAAGCACUUCCCCUUCGACCAGCAGAACUGUACCAUGAAGUUCCGCUCUUGGACGUACGACCGCACAGAGCUGGACCUGGUGCUGAGGAGCGACGUGGCCAGCCUCGAUGACUUCACGCCCAGCGGAGAGUGGGACAUAAUCGCUCUGCCCGGGAGGAGGAACGAGAAUCCCAAUGACUCCACCUACGUGGACAUCACCUACGACUUCAUCAUACGGCGCAAGCCCCUCUUCUACACCAUCAACCUUAUAAUCCCCUGCAUCCUCAUUACCUCUCUGGCCAUCCUAGUCUUCUACUUGCCCUCAGACUGUGGGGAGAAAAUGACUCUGUGCAUAUCGGUGCUACUGGCCCUCACAGUGUUCCUACUUCUUAUAUCCAAGAUCGUACCCCCCACCUCUUUAGACGUGCCACUGGUGGGGAAGUAUCUGAUGUUCACUAUGGUCCUGGUGACAUUUUCCAUCGUGACUAGUGUCUGCGUAUUAAAUGUGCACCACCGCUCCCCGACCACACACACCAUGCCUCCCUGGGUUAAGGUGGUCUUCCUGGAUAAACUGCCCACUUUACUCUUUAUGAAGCAGCCCAGGCAGAACUGUGCCCGCCAGCGGUUGCGCCAGCAGAGGCAAAGCCAGGAGAGGGCCGCGGGUAAUUUCUUCCUCCGGGACAACGCCAGGUCCUGCACCUGCUACAUUAACCAGGCUUCGGUUAAAAAGUACGGCGCCCAGCUGUCGGAGCUUCCAGAAGAAGUCAAUGGCUUCCGGGACAGGCAGGGCAAGGUGCGCCAGUGUCUGUGCGGCCUGCAGGAGGCAGUGGACGGAGUUCGUUUCAUCGCUGAUCACAUGAAGAGCGAAGACGAUGAUCAGAGUGUGAGUGAAGACUGGAAAUACGUUGCCAUGGUUAUCGACCGCCUCUUCCUGUGGAUCUUUGUGUUCGUCUGUGUUUUUGGGACAAUCGGCAUGUUUCUGCAGCCGCUGUUUCAGAACUACACGACCAAUACGUUUCUACAGAUCAACCACGCGGCACCCAACUGAGAAACGCUGGGGCCCUGGUCACUCGUCAAACGCCCAAAUCUACUUUAGAGACCCCCCCCCCAAACACAGAAAAAGAAAUCCUGGUGGAAUUCCAGCCCCUGGGAAAACCUUGCCCCCCCCCUUCACCACUCAGUGAUUAGUUCAAAUCUGGGGAACAUACUCCUCCGCUCACAUGUUUGUAUAUCGACCCGGCAAGUUCCAGAUCCAGGUGUGAGGGGUCCGUGUGAAUUGAACCCCACCCCCAGACUCUCAUGUUAACCACAAGCAAUAAAGAUGAGCUGCUGGAUCCGC